AUGUCACAACCACCACCACCACCACCAUACCCAGGCUCGGGCUCCGGCUCUGGCUCCGGGACUCUUAACCCCGACUCCCCCAUCUCCUCCUCCUACGGCACCGUUGUCUCCCCGGAGUCGGACACCAAGAACCUCAACCUCAACCUCUCCAGCUCUUCAUCUUCCACCUCCGUGGACCUCUCCGAAGCCUCCGAAUUCGACGACCUCAAAAAGAACCCCUUCCUCGACCCCGUCGUCGCCGAGCACUGGCGGAAAGUCUACCAAGAAGCGGACUAUGAAUGCAGGGGAGCAUUUGAUCCGACAGUGACGUGGACGGAGGAAGAAGAGAAGGCGAUUAUUAGAAAGAUUGAUUUCCGGGCUUGUGCGUGGGCCAUGGUCAUGUUCUUUGCGCUGCAGGUCGAUCGGGGGAAUCUGAGCCAGGCGUUGGCGGAUGGGAUGUUGGAUGAUUUGGGGUUGGAUACUAAUGACUACAACUACGGCAACGUCAUCUUCCUUGUGUCGUUCCUCUGCGCUGAGCUGCCGUCUCAGUUGCUGUCGAAGAAACUUGGUCCCGAUCGCUGGAUCCCGAUUCAGAUUGUGCUGUGGUCUGUCGUUGCCAUCUCGCAGUGCUCGUUGAAUGGAAGGGGCAGCUUCUUUGCUACUCGUUGUUUGUUGGGUCUUAUCGAGGGCGGCUUCAUCCCCGACAUCGUCCUCUGGCUCUCCUACUUCUACACCUCUCGCGAGCUUCCCAUCCGCCUCUCCUACUUCUGGACCACCCUCUCCACCACCUCCAUCAUCACCUCGCUCAUGGCCUUCGGCCUCCUGCACAUGCGCGGCAUCAACGGCUGGGCGGGUUGGCAAUGGAUGUUCCUCGUUGAGGGUUUGAUCACGCUCUGCAUCGGCCUGGCCUCCUUCUUCAUGAUGCCGGCCUCGGCCGUGCAGACCAAGACGUGGUUCCGCCCCAACGGCUGGUUCACGGACCGCGAAGUCUCCAUCGUCGUCAACCGCGUGCUGAGAGACGAUCCGUCCAAGGGCGAUAUGCAUAACCGCGAGGCGAUUACGCCCAAGAGGCUGUGGGAGACCAUGAAGGAUUAUGAUCUCUGGCCGCUGUAUGCGAUUGGGCUGGUGGCGUAUAUUCCGCAAACGCCGCCGAACUAUUAUUUGACUUUGACGCUGAGGAAGCUGGGGUUUAGCGCGUUUAACACGAAUCUGCUGGUUAUUCCUUCGUCCGUCGUCCACAUCAUCACCCUCCUCCUCCUCACCCGCUUGUCCGACAUGCUUCAAGAACGAACAUUCGUCGCCAUGCUGCAAUCCAUCUGGACACUCCCCUGCAUUCUAGCGCUCAAGUUCUGGCCCGGCUUGAUCGACAACCCCUGGGGAACUUAUGCGCUCAUGUCCGUCCUCCUGUCGUACCCCUACUGCCACGCAAUCCUCGUAGCAUGGACCUCCAAAAACGCCAACAACGUCGGCGCCCGCACCGUCUCGGCCGCGCUGUACAACAUGUCCGUCCAAACCGGCAACGUGAUCGCCAACUUUAUUUAUCUGGACUACGACAAGCCGUAUUAUCAUGAUGGCAACACCAAGCUGGUGGUGAUCAACUUUAUUGCGAUCGGCGUGUUCCUGUUCACCAAGGCGUAUUAUGUGUGGAGGAAUAAGCAGAAGGAUAAGGUGUGGAAUGGGCUGACGGAGGAGCAGAAGGCGGAGUAUAUCGAGACUACCAAGGUGCAGGGGAGUCGGAGGUUGGAUUUUAGGUUUGCGCAUUAA